AUGGACUUCAACUCUUGGAUGCGCCAACAGGAAGAAGCUGUAGCCCGGACCUGGCACGCUCUCAAACGCGAAGAAGAUGAAAUCGAGCGGGAAGAGGCUGUUGUCGUUGCUCUUGGCCAACGACUGUCGCGAGCGAGAGAUACGAUCCAACUCUCGCCUCGUCACCGGAUCGAUGAGCUCAUGUACUCGGUUGCCAAAGACGAGGCACGCAUGCUUGCCUCGAUCGACGCCGUCGGUGCCCGGCUUGCACACGAAAAAUCGGUAUUCCAGCGGGAAAUUGCGAGGAUCACGCACUCGAGGGCAAACACACCACGCACCGACCGACACACGCGCCAGGCAUGGGACUACGCAGAGCGGAUAUGGAGGGCGGAAGAGGCCAGCAUCCAGGAACGGAUAGACCGAGUUGCGACCAUGGGCAUCGACUGUCGACGCCGUCUUGCUGCGUCAUCGACUUACUCGCCUCCUCGUCGCCGGCCCAGCACCACUACCGAGCCCACCCCAGACGAGCGACCACGCGAGCGGACCAAGAGUUCGGCUAGUCACUUUGUCAGAGAACGCAGGACCUCGACCGGAGCUGUCCUCGUUCAGCCCCCGGCCGCUGUACCCGUACCGGCCUACUCCCGCGAGCGUCGCCCGAGCCAGGCCAUUCCUGUUGCUCCUGGCCCGAGGCCCGCCACUUCUGCCGCUCGACCCUCAACGGCCGGUGCAUCCAGGCACUACCCAGCCGUCGAAGACAGCCCACGAGAUCGUGAACGCGAGCGAGAAUCCAAACGAGGGCGAGCCAAACCCGAGAAACCCGAGCGAGAGGAGAGAGACAGAGAGCGAGAAAGGGAACGCGACAGGGAUCGCGACCAUGAGAGGGAACACCGCAGAGAACACCGCGAACGACGAGAACGUACCCGAUCUACGGCCGCACCCCCACCCACCACGCAUCCCACUCGACCCCGCAUCUGCCCGCCCCCGGAACAUCCCUCCCUUCGUCUUCCCACAUGCCCUCCCACCCGUCGGUCCAUCACCCUCACCCCCACCCCGCCUACUCUUCGUCCGAAGACCGAAUGCGCCUCGCCGCUGCCUGGACAGCCUACGAGUGCCGUUGGGCCGGCCUCCAGGCCCCUAUUCCCUCGGCCCCCACCACACCCCUCACGUUCCACAAUGUCCCAUGGCCAGUCGGCUUCCAACCCGAUUCUGCACGAUCCCUCACCCCGGACAGAAUCAAAAAAGUGCCUGUCGUUGUGGCGACCCGAACAAUGGGAAGAUAAAUGGAUCAACAAUGUUGAACCCAGCGAGCGCGAUAAAGUCCGAUACGGCGUAUCCAUCGUAGCCCAGUGUAUAGGAGAACUGCUGAAGGAGGCGUCGAGGAAAGAGUAA